AUGACAUACUCGGAUGGACGUCUGAUUCAAAUGACGGUCGUAUCACUCGUUGUCCUUGAAACUUUAUUUGUGGCGCUCAGUAUCCAUUCUCUGAACCAUUAUCUCAUCAUCAAUUAUUUUAACCCACUUGCUCUGUUGAAAAACGUUUGGUCCCUUGAUAUUUCCUAUGGAAUUAUUGCCUCCAAUGUUCUUAUUGUCCAUCUCUCUUAUGCCUAUCGGAUUUAUCACGUCAGUGGUCGAAAAGCGCUUAUACCAAUUGCCGUUGUGAUUGUAGCUCUCAUUCAUUUCAGUUUAGGCUGGGUUCUGGUUGCCGUACUGUUUCGCCUGAGCUCCGUGGAGCAGAUUCCAGGGUUGCCGGAGACACUAGGGAAAGCAAUCUUAUCGUCCGCCGCAGCAAUUGACAUCACAAUUGCCUCUACCCUCAGCUAUUAUCUUCAUAAAAAGAGAACGGGGUUCAAACAGACUGACAAGCUGAUCAAUCGCCUCAUCAAGUAUACCAUCAACAAUGGUAUUCUGACAAGGUAA